AUGUCGGAAUUCGACCUGUCUUCCAUUCCAAUUCCACCUUCUUCAUCUGCGAACCAACCAGAUCCCAACAAUCCGUUUUGGGCGAAAGCUCAGGAGCAGUUGGCACGAUUGCAGCCCAGAGCACCAAAUGCACCACCUCCGCUGCCGCCGCAGUUCCAUGAUCCGGUUUAUCAGACGAUUUUGAGUCAGCAACAACAGCCGGCCGGAUAUGCGAGAGGUGCAAUGUCGGCGGCUGGCCGGCUGAAUUCCGAGAAAAGAAUUAGAGAAUCUUAUCAAGCGGGGUUCGUAAGGCCCCCUCCUAACUCGGCGGUGAAGUAUCCGAACUUUCGACCAGCUGGAGGAAACGCGAAUAUGGUGCCAUUGAAUCAGCGGAUGCCUUUUGGUUCUCCAGGCUAUAUUCGACCUCAACAAGGUGAGUUUAAUUUUUUGUAAGGUCUUUUCUGGUGUUUAGAUUCUAACACAAAGCUACGGUUUUGCAAAAAGCUUGAUUUUUCUGGGAUUUUUGUCUAAAGUAAUAUUGUUUUAGCUCCAAAUGUGACGGUAACAAGUGCUCACGGUCAAACCUUUGUGUAUUCCGAGUUUUUCAGCCGAAUGGUCCCUCAGAGUGUCAAGUAAGUUCAUUUUACAUUUGUUGUUUGGAUUUUAGAUCAAAAUAUUCUUCUUGACCCAAAGACCGUCUAAAAUAAUAUUUUUCUUUCCAAAAUUCUUGAAUUUCUGAUAAAUUUUCUCCGGAAUUUGGCAAUCACCAAUUAUUCUUCAUGUUUUUAGAGACUAUUGUGAUCGAGCCCUGGCUGCCGCCCCGGACGAUGCAAAUCAAGUAAGGUACUACUUAAAGGAACGGAUCUCUCCAAUGCUCGACUCAGGAAUGGCUACUCGUAUCAAUUGGAACGCCGAAAAGCUUCCACAUGAGGUCAAGUUUCAGCUGAAUCUGCAAUGGACCCCGGCUUCGGCAGUCAAACUGCCCGGCGCUCCGUCUUCGGCUCCAGUCUCAUUUGAUUUAGGUAGGACAUGGAAACUUGAUUUUUUGAGUAUUUCAUUGGGUUUUUUCAUAGUGAUUUUGGUGUUUAAAACGAGGAAUAGGCUCUGUUAGAGAUUUAGGAAUCUGAGUUUGGUUGAAAUUGAGGAAAAUUUAGGGUCAAAAUUGACUUUAUAUUGUUUUAGAUAGGAAAAAAUCCAAAAAAUUGGAUUUUUCAUUUUUUCCGAAGUUUUAAGAGUUUUUAUGCCUGUUCUAGAUAAUAUAAUUAAAAUUUACUGAGAAUAAUCAUAUUUUUGUGUUCAAAAAUAGCUUUAUAUUGUUCUAGGUAAUAGAAAACGCCCUUCGGACGGUGAUGGUCUUCCCAAGUUUACUCCACUGAACACCGAGAACAAUGUGUUCGACAAAUACGACGCUGAUCAUGCAUCGACUUCUAAGGCAAGUUAUUUUUCUAUUUUUGUCUUGUCUUUAGGCAAAAUGACCAUGUUAUACGACGAAACAUGUUUUGUCGUAUAAAUUGGUCGAUUCGCAAAACUGAUGAUCGUAAUUGAGAGAAAAUGAAGUGGAAGACAGGAGAAUAGAAUUGUGAUUUUCAGAAGUCCAAAAAAGCAGAGAAAAAGGAACGAAAACGUCAACAACAGCAGCAGCAAGCGGCGUCGGCCGCGAAGGCCGUGAUCGCCCAGCGAUUCUCGGCCCCACAGUCGCGCUACCCCUUAAUUGAAGAGGAGUCGACCUCGGACGAGAAGCGGAAGGCCGCUCGCGCCCAACGCUUCGCCUCCGCCUCGGCUCAGUCGGCGAAUAUCCGCACAAGGUCGGAAAAUCAACCAGUUCUGGGUCCGCAGGGCUUCACAGUGCAACGAAAACAGAACGGACGAAUCAAUUUGAACUCGUUGGUGGAGAAAUGCUCGUUGAAGCGGAGAAGAAGGAUUAUUGGGACGUGUACUGCCAUCGAGAAACCUUAUUUUAGGUUAACAACUGUGAGUUUUUAAAAAUUUUUGUGUCUUGAAUUUUAGGACCUACUUUUAUCGGAAAUCACGAAGAUUUUUUUAUGGAAGUUUUCGAUUUUUUGAAGUCGCAAAAUUUUGAUCGUAUAAAAUGUCACCUACCUAAAAUUAUGUUAUUUGGAUUUCCAGGAAGCCGACCCAUCCCAAGUCCGCCCCUAUCACAUCCUUCGUCGCGCCCUAGAGCAUGUUUUGCGGGUGUAUCGCGAGAAAAAUGACGAUUAUCACUACGCGAACGACCAACUCAAGAGCAUCAGACAGGACAUUCUGGUCAGUUUUUUAUUUAUUUUUUAACUUUUUUAUCUGUCAUGAUGACUGAUUUUUGGAAUUUUUUGAAAUUAAAAAAAAAUUUUGUGAAUUUUUUUGAGCAAAAUAUCUCGGAUUUGAUAUUUUUUAGGCUUAUCUUACCCUACCGUUUAUAUCUUGCCCAUUUCCAGACUCAAGACAUACGAAAUGAAUUCGCCAUCCAAGUCUACGAAGAGCACGCACUUUUGGCCAUAAAACACAAGGACCGCGAGGAGCUGAACCAGGCCCAAAAUCAGCUCAAAGUUUUGUACGAAACCCUCUCGUCGGCUCCGAACCGAUGGCGCUUCACUUCGUAUCGCCUCCUGUAUUACGCCUACGUGGAGUCGGAGUCAGGUAAGAUUGAUGAUUUUUGGGGUUUGUAGAGGAAGAUUUGCGGGAUUUUUGGUUGUUAGAGGUGGUUCGGGAGUCUUAGAACGAUUUGGAGGGCAUUUUUAACGUUUUUGGAGAAAUUCAAGUUUUCGUGGUGGGACCCAAAGUUUUGGAUUUUAUGGGUUGUUUUAGAGUUUAGACGGGUUUUGAGCUCUGGAAGAUCUAAAAAUGUGUUUAGAAUUUGUUUUGAAGCAAGUUUUGGAUCAUUCAGGUUUUCGUGGUGGGACCCAAAAUUUUGGAUUUUAUGGGUUGUUUUAGAGUUUGGACGGGUUUUGAGCUCUGGAAGAUCUAAAAAAGUGUUUAGAAUUGGUUUAGAAGCAAAUUUUGAGUUGUUCAGGUUUUCGUGGCGGGACACAAAAUUUUGGAUUUUUUUGGUUAUUUUAGAAUUUUGGAAGGGUUUUGAGCUCUACGGGAUUUAAAAAAGUGUUUAGAAUUGGUUUAGAAGCAAAUUUUGAGUUAUUCAGGUUUUCGUGGCGGGACUAAAAAAUUUUUUUUUUGGAUUUUUGAUAUAAUUUUUUAAUUUUUACUUUCAGAUGCCACUGGACUGAUGCAAAAGUACCGCGACGCGUUCGCCAAAAGCCCCGAAAUGAAAUUGGCGCGCGAAAUUUAUAUGGCCUAUGCGACGCGAAAUCACUGCAAAUUCUUCGGAAUUUACCGCAAAGUGGACACGGUAACGAAGCAAUUGAUGGACUUUUUUGUUGACCGAGAGAGAAAUCGACUCAUGCAGGCUGUCAUUGCGGCGUAAGUUGGUUUUUUUUUUGUUUUUUUUAUAUUUUUUUGCGAUUUUUUUGUAUAAAUUUUGGGAAAUAUGGAUGUUUUUUGGUGAAUUUGGAUGUGUUUGAAUAUAAAAGGAUGUUUUCAGGUACCGUCCCACUUUGUCCCUCCCCCAACUAGCCGGCAUUUUGAUGCUGGACGAGCGCUCCGAACUCCCCGACUACCUGAAGGGAAUUGGCGUCGAAAUCGACCAAAUAAACGGCCAAAAAGCGGUCGAUUUGAGGAAAUACUCGAAUUUGAAGAUCCCCAAUUCUUAG